AUUUAAUCCAUUCUGAUUUCCUUUACUGAAUUAAAAUCCCGGGGUGUGAAACCCCCAAACCAAAACUCCCUCUCUCAACCCUCUUUCCAUCACUUUCUCAAGAAAACACAAUCCUAAACUUCUCACAUUCUUCCACUUGCGUUAUCGCCGCCCUUUCCAAAUCUAUCUCGUCCCUGUUGCCUUUUAAUUUUGGGGAUCGUGGAUUGGAAAGGCGUUUAAAGAGAGUAAUUUAUUAGGGUUUUUGUUUGAUAGAAAAGCCAGAGAGAGAGAAAGAUGGGGAGCGUGGAUCGACUUGAGGAUCGGACGUUUAAGGUUAAUUUCACCGGAGAUGGAGCGGAUAAGUUGAGAGAGAGCGUUAAGGAUAAGCUCAAGGAGUUCAUGGGCGAUUAUACUGACGAUACGCUUGUGGAAUACGUGAUUGUCUUACUGAGAAAUGGCAGGCGUAAAGAAGAAGCUAGGCAUGAAUUGCAUGUUUUUCUGGGGGAUGAUAGUGAUUCUUUUGUAUCUUGGUUGUGGGAUCACCUGGCUUCAAAUUUGGACUUAUAUGUACAGCCUCAGGAGACUUAUGUAAGUGAUGUAGUCCAAACAAAACCCACACUGGGAGACCAUGCUGGGAGCGAUGAAUCUCAUCAUAUUGAUUCCGAAUCUGGGAAAGGGAAGUCUGAUAACUUAUCCGUAAGUCGACACAAAAGAGAAUGGAAAGGCUUAAUGAGGGAUGCAACUGAACCACCUCCUCUUCGAAGCUCUGAGGUUGAUAUUGGACAUUUGGAUGAAAGAAGUCAUCACAAAUCAAGUCAUGCAAGAAGAUCUCCAUCUCCUUGCCCUCCACAACAGAAGAAGAGGAGUCGGCAGGAUGAGCGACAGCAUAUGAAGGUUUAUUUUCUUUUCCUCUCCGUGUUUCACUAAGAAUCAGGGCGUGGA